AUGGACCAAUUCGCCACUUUCGAGGUUUGCGAAUUCGGUGCUACGGUCGAUAUGAACGAGACGUUUAAACAUAUAAACGUAACCGGUACUACACUACUCACCAUCCCUAUCACAUCGGGGGUCGAUAGUUGGUACGGAUAUGGUGUUGAGCUCCGUUGGAGGUCUACUGACCUUACUUCGGCCCCGAUUACGUCCUUUGUUUCAUCCACUACUUCAGCAGUUAUAACAACCACAACGAUGAUGGCAGUGACUCAAGAGUCAGAAGAGAAACCUCCGGAGCUUUCAACAGGUGCUAAAGCAGGCACGGGCGUUGGCGUUGCAUUAGGUGUUAUCUUGGCUAUUCUGGGGAUUGGUUUUUGGAUCCGUGGACGAAAACGCCCAUGGAAAGAUGGCGAAAAGGAACGAUCCGAACUUGCUGAAACCAAGAACCUUACUCCGCCGUACGCGAUCCAUGAAUUAGACUCCAAUCCGGUCUUUGAGAAGGAUGGUGUUCAAGUGGUACAUCCACGAUUGAAAGAACCAGCUGAGCUGGAAGGGCCAAGUGCAAGAUUAGUGGAUGAUACAUUGCAUGAUUCUAUUGUACCAUUUUAA